AUGUUCCGUAAUACCGAUGGUCGUCAAUCUAUUCGAUUUUAUACCCCCGGUCAAAAAUCACAUUCUUUUAAAGAAUGGUCUCAUCGUAUUCAUCUUACUGUAAGACGUUGGUAUCCUGGUAUGGCCCGUCUCGAUGAUGGAUCUGUAUUAAUCGGUGGAGGUUGUAAAUAUAAUACACUUAUGAACAAUAAAACGAACAAUCAGCCUAGCUGGGAAUUUUAUCCUCCAAAAAACAUCAAUGGCCACCGUGGUACACCAAUACAUUCUCCAUUUCUUGUAGACUCUCUGAAUGCUAAUUUGUUUCCACACCUGAUCAGUUUAACAAACGGAAACGUUUUUGUUGCUGCUCAAAAAUUAACCAUGAUUUAUAACUGGAGAAAAAACAAAGAAACACGAUUGCCUUCGAUACCCAAUGGUGUCUCAGUAACUUAUCCGCUGGCUGGAACAGCUAUUAUGCUUCCUCUUACUAAAGCUAAUAAAUACACACCUGAAAUUCUCAUUUGUGGCGGUUCAGCUAUAAAUGACACAUUACCACCGUCAAAAAUCAGUAGUGAAGAUCCUGCUUCAAAACAAUGUGUUCGAAUGAAAAUGACUAAAGCAGGUAUUAAGAAAGGAUGGGUUAUCGAACAAAUGCCUGAAGCACGUCUUAUGCCAGAUGCCGUUCAUCUUCCUGAUGGUACUAUCUUUAUUGUGAAUGGAGCUCAGAGUGGUGUUCAAGGAAUAGGUGGUUACAAAGAUCGAUUCGGAACGUCGGACGCUGAUAACCCUGUUUACACUCCUGUUCUUUAUAAUCCUAAUGCUCCCAUUAAAUUUCGAUUCAAUCGUAAAGGGUUUGUUUCCUCCACUAUUGCACGUAUGUACCAUUCAAGUGCAUCUCUCACUGCUAAUGGCACAAUCAUGAUAGCCGGAUCUAACCCUAACAUAGACAUAACAACAACAACAAAAUAUCCGACUGAGUACCGAGUGGAAUUUUUCUAUCCUCCUUAUAUGUUUAAGCGAAGACCUUCAUAUUCAAAUCUUCCGGCACAUGUUCAUUUCAACAAAAAUUAUAUCCUCGAUGUUCAACUUCCUUCAACUUACACAAAUCACUCCAGAUACAAUGUACAGUUAAUGGAUUUAGGUUUACACACUCAUGCUGUAGGAAUGCAUCUUCGUUCUGUUGAACUCGAUGCGAAACUUAUCAAUAAUAAUCAGUUAGUCAUUACAAUGCCAAAAAAUGGCAAAAUCUAUCCACCUGGACCAGGUUUCAUCUUUUUUGUCGUUGAUGGAGUUCCCAGUAAAGCUGAAAAGACAAUCGUUGUCAAAAACAAGCCCUGA